AUGCAGUCGCCAUUUUACAUCGUCGAUUUUUACGUGUGUGUGCAGUGCAGUUACUUUACGACUUAAAUUCUUAUUACGUGGGCGUAAAACAUUUAGUGGCAUAUUUUUUAAUAAUUUUCAAUUGCUAAAAGUUAAUAAAAAAAUAUGGGACGUAAAAAGAAGAAGCAAUCAAGACCCUGGUGUUGGUAUUGUAAUCGGGAGUUUGAAGAUGAAAAAAUUCUUAUACAGCAUCAAAAAGCAAAACAUUUUAAAUGUCACAUUUGUCAUAAAAAGCUUUAUACGGGACCAGGACUUAGUAUACAUUGUAUGCAGGUACAUAAAGAAGCAAUAGAUAAGGUACCUAAUUCUUUGCCAAAUCGAAGCAAUAUUGAAAUAGAAAUUUAUGGUAUGGAAGGUAUACCACCAAAUGAUGCAAAAGAGCAUGAAAGGCAAAGAAAUGGUGGUAGACCUGGUUCACCAAGUUCAGGUGAAGAUGAGCCAGUUCGGAAAAAAACAAAGCCUGAAGGUUUAUUAGGUUCUGCACCAGGAGCAAUGCCUACAGGUUCCAACAUGAUGCCAGGUGUAAUGCCAGGUAUGGCAGCUCAUCCUGGUAUGCCACCAAUGGGACAGUUCCCACCACCCAUGCAUCAUAUGAUGGGACCUAUGGGUCCCGUAGGUCCACCUUUCAUGGGUCCUGGUAUGAUGCCUGGAAUGCCAGGUAUGCCACCAGGUAUACAACCACCAGUGUCAGGUGCAUCCAUACCACCAACACGACCAUUAUUUCCAAGUGCUGCAGCUGUUUCGACAGCUGCAUCUACAUCUGUGACUUCUCCUUUAGGCACAGAUUUUAAACCAAUUACAUCAGUGGCUGGUGGAUCUAUAGGACCUGUUAAGCCAACAUUCCCUGCAUAUAGUAAUGCAGAUAGCAAUACUACGACUAAUAAUAAUAUUGGAAAUGAUCAAAAAGUAAAUCUUAUAGCCACUACUAGUGCUGCCAUUAAAAUCAUUCAUCCUCCAGAAGAUCUUAGUUUAGAGGAAAUUAGGGCAAGACUUCCAAAAUAUCAGCGUCGUCAAACUGAAGAAACUCGAACUGUACAAGCUGCUGAUGCCAAUCAGCAAGCUGCUGUAUUACAGCAACAACAACAACAGCAGCAGCAGCAGCAACAAGCUGCUGCUGCUAAUGCAGCUGCUGCAUUUCAGGAUCAACAGCAGCGACAACAAGCGGCAUUAAAUGCACUUCAACAACAACAACAAAGAUUUCAGAGACCUCCACAAGCAGUAAUGGUUCCUGCAUCUGCAGCGAUGCCUGUUAGUUCUGUUGCAUUAAUGGCUCCGCUUAUGCGGCCCACUAUGACUCUAGCCGCACCAGCUCUGAUUCAUGGAGGUAACAUGAUGCGACCGCCCCCCAUGGGCCUACCACCAGGUAUGAUAGGAGCUUUGCCACCGGGAGCAAUGCAUCCGGCAUUCGCAGCUCCAAUGGGUUUCCCCGGUGCACCAAUGUUGGCUCCGAUGAUGCAUCCACGCUUCAGAUGAUCACCUCCUAUGGACGGGCCCACCCCGCCACUGCACUUCGUGCUCUGGGCCCGCCCCUAAAUUUGAUUAGGGUCCGGACCUGAUUGACAAGAAGAGGAGAGAAAAAGCACGCGUGUAAAACAUGUUAGCUCGCGUGGGCACGCAUUGUUGAUCGGCCGCGGCUGCACUUGACGCAUCCUCUCCUACGAAGUUUACACGAAGUUAGCAAAAAUCUUUGUUUUUUUUUUAUAAUAUCAUUGCAAAACACACAUCACGUCAGUGCCUGAGAGGGUUUACCAGGUGCAGUGGAAACGGUCGGUCGUCCUCCCCUCCCCCACCUCGCCACCCAGCCCCCCCUCUCUCCCCCCUCGAUUUUUCUGCCUUCGGUAAACAAGAACACAUCGAAAUAAGUGUCCAAUUCUAUUAAUUCCCUUUUCUUCCACGCGUGGCGCGUGAUCGCGCGAUAUCAGCGCGACGACACACUAACUUCUUCCCGAAGGAGUCUGAAGUCCCAGAGUAACGGAAAUCGGCACGUAAACGUAUUGCGAAAGUGUGGCGAAGACGGUGCAAGAGGAGGCUGCAAACUUAAGCCAUGAGAUAUUGUCCGCUUACUGUACGUUGACAAUAUAAUAGAAAUUAUGAAUUGUACAAACAUGUAAUUCACCUGUUUGAUCAUCAAAGUACGAAUUCGUUAUUAAUUUUUCUUUCACUUCCUCAAGGUUCACCUCAGUAGGCACCCUGUUUGUCUAUUCUUUCUCUUCGACUUUGAUCAUUAUUUCGAGAAAAAAAAAAAAAAAAAAAAAAGAAUGAACGAAACGGCGCAUAACCGCGGCGCAAAACCACGUGUACGUACCUUAAAAAAAAAAAAAAAAAAAAGAAAAAAAACAAAAAAAAAAAACUACGCAUCGUUAUAAAUAUACUUCAUUUUCAGGGGUUGUCUUUCCGAAUCGUGUCUUUCGAGCUAUUUUUGUCGAUCUCGAGGGAUCAAAGGUGACUCGUGCAACCGUCGUGUAAAAAAAGAAAAAAAAAAAAAAAAAUUCGAUUUCGCGCGGGAAUCAUGAGGGAAGGGACGCUUCUCGUCUCUUCGAGUCGCUUUCGAGGCCUGCUGCCAACUUGGCACUUGCCACUCUUGGCCAGACAUUGUUUCUCGACCGCGCUUUCCUUUCGUUCUCAGAUUCGGCAGGACAAUCUGGAUCACAGAAUUGGACAUGUAGAAGUUCUGUUAUUUAUUGAGUGUCACAUUAUCAAUCUUGUUCCGAAUAAAGACGUUCUGUGGAAAGUC